UAUCCCUGCACACUUAAACCUCUUCAAAAAUGACACGUAUAACGAUGGACGACUUGUCUGUGAAAAUAGUCAACGGACCACUCACCAUACUAAACAUCUUUGCAAACAUAUUUUUUGCUUUCUGCAUGCUCUGUCCACCGCACGGCAGAGAGGGACUCAAACAGCCCAUGAAGUUACUGCUGGGAUCUAUGGUAUUCUGUACCACUGUCUACCUGGUCUCUCUCAUUGCAGCACAAUGCUUGUGGAUGAUCUCUGCCAGUUCUGAGUGUUUCUAUGCUGCUUAUCUAACAAUGGUGUACAUGGCAUCAACCAGCAUGUCAACAUCUGUAUGGCUGAAUUUCUUCUACUACUCCCAGAUCGUCCCUGCCCAGCGAGCUCUCUUCACCUGGGUGAAGAGGAACAUCAAAAGCAUCAUCUACUGGGGCCUAUUUGGAGACAGGAUGUUCUUUAUGUUUCAAUUUGCUGUGAGGGCUGCAGGAGAAUUUUAUUCCUCAGGAGAGGGGCCUUCUAAUACCACAGGUUUCACAUCAACUUAUGCCACUCCACAAGAUAAUGCUGCCUUUCUAAAAGAUGUCCUGCUUGACAUAUCGACAACAAGUCUGUUUUUGGAAAUGAUCUACGUCUUUUUUUGCCUCUGUGUGAUGGUGGGGUCAAGCUGUGUCACGGUGUGCUACCUGCACAGACACAUGAAGAGCAUGAAAGAGAUCGGCAGCCCCUUCUCCUCUCCCCGACUGCACAGUCAGAUGAGGGUCACCAUCGCCGGUAUCCUGCAGGGAAUUCUCUUCUUCUUUACAGCAGUGUGGAUUUUCAUUCAUUACUUUAGCAACGUUCUUUCCUCAACAUACUUUGACGAUAAAACCUUGUACACAGUAAUCUCUCUCUACAUGUUCGGCACCACUUUAAAUCUGGGCAUCGGUCAAGCUGUUUUCCGACAAAGGGCUGCUGAUAUUUGUCUCAAAGCCCAACAGGCUGUAAAAUCAUUGAAGCCAUGAGGAUGAUACUAAGUUAACAAAAUAUGAAACAUAGUCAUUAAAAUACAUUAAAGGGAUAGUUCACCCAAAAUACACAAUUGCACAAUGGUUUCUCAACCCUGUAAGCAGUCUAUGGUUAAGGUAAGACAGUAAUUCAUUCUGUAACUUAUUUACCUUGUAUUUGUUUGUUUUUACCUGGCCAUCAGUCCAACAACCAAUACAAGUUAAUGUGCUGGAUAUUAUCAUUUUUUUUUCACAGUUCCAAAUCAUCUUAUAGUAACUUUAGUCAACUACACACACUACAUUUUAGCCUCUUGGGAAGAUUUGGACUCAAAACACGUAACUAUCUCUGCUAUGGACGGGCAUUGUUUUUUUGGACUAAAAUGCUAAACAGCAUUUACAGACAGUUGCCAGGUAAGCAAAGUGUGGAUUGCGGUCUUAUCUUGUUCAUUAAUACAAGGGAGGAAACCAAGGUGUUUAUAUCCCUUCAGCGUUUAUAUUUUUGUAACACAGGGCAUGCUACACUGCAUUUUGAGGGAAGGGGACAGUUCCACUAUCACAGUUUAA